AUGGGCGUGGUACUCUACGAGAUGCUCGCGCUUGUGCAACCAUUCACGGCCUCGAACGUCGCGGCACUGAUCAUGAAGAUCGUGAAUGCAGAGCCGGCCCCGCUUCCAGACUCUUGCCGGGAGGAAGUUCGCGAUGUUGUCCGCCGCGCGCUGAACAAGAACCCGGAGGAGCGAGCGACCGCAGAAGAGUUGAUGCAGCUUCAGCCGGUAAAGUCAGCUGUGGCACCAAGCCUGGAGAUGAACAACACCACGCUGAGCAUGGCGGACUUUGUGAAAGAGAAGGAUCUGGGCCGCGGGGCUUACGGUGUCGCUGUGCUGGUGAAGCACAGGGAAACCUCAGUUCUGCGAGUGGUGAAGACCGUGGACCUCGGGGGCAUGUCCGCCCUGGCCAGGAAGAGCGCAGAGGACGAAGUGAGCCUUCUGCACCGGCUGUUUCAUCCGCACAUCAUCGCCUACUUUGACACGUUUAUCGAGGCCGACAAGCUGCACAUCGUGCUCGAGUAUGCAGAUGGUGGUGAUCUCUACACGGAGGUGCAGAGGCGGCAGAAGGACGAUGAAUACUUUAGCGAGGACGAGGCAAUGACAUUGUUUCGACAAUGUCUCAGCGCCUUAGCGUACAUCCACAAGAAGAAGAUUCUUCAUCGCGACAUCAAGACGCAGAACAUCUUCUUGAUGAAGUCUGGUGAUGCCAAGCUUGGCGAUUUCGGAAUCUCGAAGGUGAUGGACGAGACCAUGGUUGCGGGCACCGUGGUGGGAACACCGGCGUACUUGGCACCGGAAAUUUGCAAUGGCGCGAAGUACGGAAGCCGCAUCGACGUUUGGUCUCUGGGAGCCGUCCUCUAUGAAAUCCUCGCGCUUAAGCAUCCGUUUCAAGCGAGCAACAUGGCCGCGACGCUCAUGAAGAUCAUCAGCGCUGAUCCGGCUCCCCUGCCCGACCGCUGCAGUGAGGAGGUGAAGGCCGUGGUCGCACUGGCCCUGCAGAAGGACCAGCACAAGCGGCCCUCGGCCAAGGAAUUGCUGGCCCACCCGGCCGUGAAGCAGCUCGGGGGGGAGGCCACUGCCAGGCUCGAUGCUUCCUCUGGACUCGACUCGCUCGCGUCCUCCUGGGACGGCGGGAAGAUCAUCGAGGAGGAUGAGAAUCUGACGCUCCAGUCGCCGGCAGGAACUUUACACUCUACGGAAUUUCGAAUUUUAGCCGCUCGACUGCACAUGAGCAGUGUCGAACGAUUCUGA